AUGCGCUUUGAGGAUGUCCUCUCAGAAGUUGGAGUUUUUGGGAAAUUCCAGAUUUUGUCCCUUACGAUCCUCUGCCUUCCAAGACUCAUCCUGCCGCUCCACUUCUUACUGCACAUAUUCAUCUCGGCUGUGCCGCCUCAUCACUGCUACAUCUCCGACCACCGGAACCCCGGAAACCUUAGCCAGGAAGACCUUCUCCUCAUCAACGUCCCCCGAGAACCUGAUGGCUCCUUCAGCUCCUGCAGGAUGUUCUCCGAACCCCAACUCCACCUUCUCCAGAACAGAUCACAGGGGGCGACGGUGAACAUGUCCUUGGUGCAGAACUGUGACCAGGGCUGGGACUAUGACCGGACUACAUUCUACUCCACCACCGUCACACAGUGGGAUCUAGUGUGUGACAAGAAGUGGAUGAACCAAGCAGCCGCCACCAUCUUUUUCAUGGGCCUUACAACUGGAUCCCUCAUCUGUGGAUUUCUCUCAGACAGGUUUGGACGCAGGAACAUUCUGUUGGUCUCCUUCCUGGUUAGCGCGGUGUUCGGGGUGAUCUCUGCCUUCGGCGCCUCCUACAUCAUGUUCUCCAUCUGUCGGCUUCUCUGCGGUGUUGGCCUCAUGGGGAUGACGCUGAUCUCUAUCACUUUGGCCCUGGAGUGGACGGACGUCUCUCAUCGCACCUUCUGCGGCACCAUCAGUAGUCUGUCCUGGACGGCCGGGUACAUGGUCCUCGCCUUGUUAGCUUACUUCAUUAGGGACUGGCGCUGGCUCCUGCUGGCCACCACCUCACCGUGUCUACUCGCUAUUGCCACCUGGUGGUGGGUCCCCGAGUCCGCUCGCUGGCUCCUCACCAAACAAGACUGCACCGCGGCCCACAGGUACCUGUCCAAGUGUGCCGAGCUGAACGGGCGGCCGGGGUUCAUCCAGAAGAUUUCUCCAGAGGUCCUGCAGAAGACGGUCUCUGUGGAGAGCAGAAAAUAUAAUUUCUGGGAUCUGGUUCGGACCCGGCAGCUGAGGAAGAACACUGCAUGUCUGGGGGUCAUGUGGUUUGGUGUCGCCUUCAGUUAUUAUGGCAUCAGCUUCCAUGUCACUGGGUUCAGCCUCAGCCCAUAUCUCACCCACUUCAUCUUUGGCGCCAUAGAGAUUCCAGCGAAGGUUGGCGUCUACCUACUGUUGGACCGCAUCGGGCGCAAGAGAUGUCAGGGGUGGUCCCUAAUCAUAACAGCAACCUGCAUAGGACUUACCUGCCUCAUACCCCCAGGACACUGGCGCUCCCUAGUGGCCAUCCUUGGGAAAGGCUUCUCGGAGGCGGCAUUUACUACGGCGUUUCUCUUCUCGGCAGAACUGUUCCCAACCGUCCUCAGACAGACCGGGCUGGGCUUCUGCUCCUUCAUGACCAGAUUGGGCAGUUCUCUGGCCCCAUUGGUCAUCCUGCUUGAUGACUUCUGGCCGUUCCUGCCCUCAGUGGUCUUCAGCUCUAUGUCCCUGUUGUCUGGAUCAGCCGCUUUUUUCCUAACGGAGACGAGUAAUAUCCAACUACGAGAGACUAUCCAGGAGGUGGAGCUUCACCGUGUUACAGGAAGGGACAUCUCUACAUAUGGGAAUGGCCAAGCCCAACAAAAUGAAGACUCCAUCCCACAAUGAUCCCAGGAGACAGCGCCCCCUCUAGACAACAACCACCUCCCUUAUUGACUCCUCCCCUCAGGA